AUGGUGUAUUAUUACACCUCUAACACUGUUUCGCCAUCGGCUUACAUCUAUGCUGGAAAAGAUAAAUUCGAAAAUGAAGAUCUCAUCAAGCAUGGAUUAGAAGAAGAUGUAUGGUUUCACGUAGACAAGUUGUCGAGUGCGCAUAUUUAUCUUCGAAUGAAUGAGGGAGACUCGUGGGAGACUAUUCCGGAGGAAUUACUGAUGGAUUGUGCUCAACUGACCAAAGCAAAUUCUAUUGAAGGAAAUAAGAAGGAUAAUAUUACAAUCAUCUACACACCAUGGUCCAAUUUGAAGAAAGAUGGAAGUAUGGCGGUGGGACAAGUUAGUUUCAAGAAUCAGAAGACUGUUAAAAGAAUUUUGGUUCCCGCCAGGGAGAACCCAAUUGUCAAUCGGUUGAACAAGACCAAGGUUGAAAAGUUCCCAGAUUUGGCAAUGGAGAAGGAAGAAAAAAUGAAGGCUGCGAGAAAGAAGGAUCAAGCUGCUUUAUUGGAACGGAGAAAACAAGAAGCGAGACAGGCUCAGGAGUAUAAGGAUAAAAAGUGGCAAAAGGAUCAUGCCUAUGAUGAUUUAUUCGUUCAGGAUGAUGAUGAAGAGGCGAAUAAUCAAGAUAGAGGUGAAGAUUUCUUAGAUGAUUUCAUGUAACUUGCUGUAUUGGGUAUCAUUGGGCUUCUGAAACGAUAUGAUAAAAGAGAUACCAUGGAUCUC